GCUUAAGCGAGAGCAUCAUCUUCCCUCUCUGCCUUUUGCCCCACACAUCCAUAUACAUACCGGUCUCACCUCUUCUCCAGAGAACUGGGGAGGUGACACAACAAGAGUCCGAUUUCUUUUACUGCUUGCUUUCCUCCCUCCCCUCCCCUCCCCUCCCACACACCCAUUUAAGGAUCCAAUAUUAUCGUGACCCCCCUCUUUUUUUGGCGAGGAAGGAGGAGAGAGGGGGGGGAUUUCUGCAGCAAGCGGUGGCUGCUGCUUGAAAUGUGGCGUGCCCAGAAAACCUCAGCAGCCCUCCUGCCGGCUCGGACGCAAGGUAAUAUUGAUCCUGCUUAGCACCCCUGCCCAGGACUCAUUUGCUUCAAAACCAACCACCCUCCAGAAAAGCAAAGGAGGAGGGCAGGGCGGGGAAGAGAAUGGUCCAGCCCCAAACCGCAAGCGAUGGGAAGGCGCGGAGAUGCCGGUAGGCGCGCGGAAGACAACCAGCCCAACUGAGUGUGAUCCGCGACUGCUUGGCGUCAGGGAGCCACCGUCCCAGCCAAGGGGAGUCCGUGGCGGCGGCGGCUGGGAAAUCCCGCCUGGCAAGUUUUCUUGACGGCUGAGCGGAGGCGGGGAGCUGUCCAGCGUUUCAGCACCUUCCAGCCGCGGACCGGAGAAGGCGCCUCGGCGAGAGGACCUUCCCACCACCAAAGGGAGGAAAUUAUUCUGGCUCCCGGGCGCUGCCUGCCCCUCAUGGGCAGCCGGGAGGACGGGCAUUCGGCGAGGGGGGCGAAGAUGUCGCUGCCCCCCAGGAGGCUGUUGCAGUUGUGGGGUUGGCGGCCACUAAACGGGAUGGUGCUGCAAGGCUGAAAGAGAAGUGAGACGCAAGAAGGCAGCCAGGUGGGCGCCACCAGGCUGGGCAAUUCCCCCCCACCCUCCACACACAUACACACACACACGGAUUUUACGCACACUGCGCCUCAGCCAGGGAAAGUUUGCCUGCCGUGCGCUCCUCGCCUUGCUCUCAAGCCCUUCGCCUUCCCAACUCGACGGUGUCCCUCGGCCUCUGCUGCUGCUCAGAGGGAGCCUGGCUCGGCUCAGGACGCCCUCUCACUCAGGUGGAUGCGAUUUCUUCAGACUUGGCAGCGCCUGGUAGCCUGGACCCUCCUUCCCCUUGGGGCCUCAGGCAUUGCCCAUUAGCCUGGAGGAGGAAGAGAAGCUGAAGCCCCCUGCCUCUCCCGGAGGCCAGGACAAGGGGCUCCAGCACCAGCCAUGGGCAGCAGUGAAAUGAGGGGCUUCUUCCUUUGGAAAUUUAGCCUGGUCUUCCCUCUGCUGACAGCGUGUCCGGCGGGCUGCAGCCACGUCUCCAGCAAUCAAGUUGUAUUGCUUGAUACAACCUCUGCAAUUGGAGAGCUAGGAUGGAAAACCUAUCCUCUAAAUGGGUGGGAUGCUAUAACAGAAAUGGAUGAAUAUAAUCGCCCCAUCCACACUUACCAGGUAUGUAAUGUUAUGGAACCCAACCAGAACAACUGGCUUCGUACAAAUUGGAUCUCCCGUGAUGCAGCUCAGAAAAUUUAUGUGGAAAUGAAGUUUACACUGAGGGACUGCAACAGCAUUCCAUGGGUACUGGGAACAUGCAAGGAAACAUUUAACCUCUACUACCUGGAAUCAGACGAAUCCCAUGGAAUUAAAUUCAAGCCAAACCAGUACAGUAAAAUUGAUACUAUUGCAGCUGAUGAGAGUUUUACUCAGAUGGAUUUGGGUGAUCGCAUCCUUAAACUGAACACAGAAGUUCGUGAGGUGGGACCAAUAAACAGGAAAGGAUUUUUUCUUGCUUUUCAAGACAUUGGUGCGUGCAUUGCUUUGGUCUCUGUCCGUGUUUACUACAAAAAGUGUCCUUUCACCGUUCGGAAUUUGGCUAUGUUUCCUGACACUAUUCCAAGGGUUGAUUCUUCAUCUUUAGUGGAAGUACGAGGUUCCUGUGUGAAGAGUGCUGAGGAGCGGGACACUCCGAAAUUAUAUUGUGGAGCAGACGGGGAUUGGCUUGUGCCUCUAGGACGAUGCAUCUGCAGUGUUGGGUAUGAAGAAGUGGAUGGUUCCUGCCACGCUUGUAGGUCAGGAUUCUACAAAGCAUUUGCUGGAAAUAUAAAGUGUUCAAAAUGCCCUCCACACAGCCAAACCUUUGUGGAAGCAACAUCUGUGUGUCAGUGUGAAAAGGGUUACUUUCGAGCUGAGAAGGAUCCGGCAACUAUGGCAUGUACCCGGCCUCCUUCUGCUCCAAGGAACGUAAUUUUUAACAUAAAUGAAACAGCUCUCAUGUUGGAAUGGAGCCCACCAAGUGACACAGGAGGAAGAAAAGACCUCACAUAUAGUGUCAUUUGCAAGAAAUGUGGAUCUGAUGCCAGCCAGUGUGAGAUAUGUGGAGGAGGUAUCCGAUUCAUUCCAAGACAUACUGGACUAAUUAAUUCCUCAGUAACUGUGCUUGAUUUUGUGUCUCAUGUGAACUACACUUUUGAAAUAGAAGCCAUGAAUGGAGUCUCUGAAUUAAGUUUUUCACCCAAGCAGUUCACAGCUAUCACCAUCACUACAGAUCAAGAUGCACCCUCCUUGAUAGGUAUGGUCAGGAAGGACUGGGCUUCCCAAAACAGCAUUGCCCUCUCAUGGCAAGACCCUGAUUUUCCUAAUGGAGCCAUUCUGGACUACGAGAUCAAGUACUAUGAGAAAGUCUACCCACGGAUAGCGCCUGCCUUUUGGCACUACCUGCGGGUAGAAGAGCAGGAGCAGCUCAGCUACUCCUCCACAAGGUCAAAGGCUCCAAGUGUUAUCGUCACAGGCCUCAAACCGGCCACCAAGUACAUAUUUCAUAUCAGAGCCAGGACUGCAACAGGAUACAGCGGCUAUAGCCAGAAGUUUGAAUUUGAAACUGGAGACGAAACUUCAGAUAUGGCAGCAGAACAGGGGCAGAUUCUUGUCAUUGCCACAGCUGCUGUUGGAGGAUUCACGCUCCUAGUCAUCCUCACUCUGUUCUUCCUCAUUACUGGAAGGUGCCAGUGGUAUAUAAAGGCAAAAAUGAAGUCUGAAGAAAAACGAAGAGCUCAUUUGCAAAAUGGACAUUUGCGAUUCCCAGGAACUAAAACAUACAUUGAUCCAGACACGUAUGAAGACCCAUCCCUUGCUGUUCAUGAGUUUGCUAAGGAGAUCGAUCCAUCACGAAUUCGUAUUGAGAGAGUAAUCGGGGCAGGUGAAUUUGGAGAAGUAUGCAGUGGUCGCCUGAAAACACCUGGGAAAAGGGAGAUUCCAGUGGCCAUUAAAACUUUGAAAGGUGGAUAUGUGGACAGACAGAGAAGAGAUUUUCUACGAGAAGCUAGUAUAAUGGGGCAGUUUGACCACCCAAAUAUUAUCCGCCUUGAAGGAGUUGUUACAAAAAGAUCCUUCCCGACCAUUGGGGUGCAGUCUCUUUGCCCAAGAUUCCUGAGGGAAGGAUUUUUAAAUAACAUUCCAGCCCCACAUCCUCUGUCAGGGGGAGGAUCUUUGCCCCCCAGGAUUUCUUCUGGCAGACCAGUAAUGAUUGUGGUUGAAUACAUGGAGAAUGGAUCCCUUGACUCCUUUCUACGGAAGCAUGAUGGCCACUUCACAGUUAUCCAGCUAGUUGGCAUGCUACGUGGAAUUGCUUCUGGCAUGAAAUACCUCUCAGAUAUGGGCUACGUACAUAGAGACUUGGCAGCUCGUAAUAUUUUGGUCAACAGUAAUCUCAUGUGUAAAGUCUCUGAUUUUGGAUUAUCGCGGGUAUUAGAGGAUGACCCUGAAGCAGCUUAUACAACAAGUGGUGGAAAAAUUCCCAUAAGAUGGACAGCCCCUGAAGCAAUAGCCUACAGGAAGUUCUCUUCCGCAAGUGACACAUGGAGUUAUGGGAUUGUCAUGUGGGAAGUAAUGUCAUAUGGAGAGAGGCCAUAUUGGGAGAUGUCUAACCAGGAUGUCAUCCUAUCCAUAGAAGAAGGCUACAGGCUUCCAGCUCCCAUGGGCUGCCCAGCUUCUCUCCACCAACUAAUGCUUCAUUGCUGGCAAAAGGAGAGAAACCACCGGCCAAAGUUCACCGACAUUGUCAGCUUCCUAGACAAAUUGAUACGCAACCCCAGCUCUCUUCAUACCCUAGUGGAGGAUGUACUUGUAAUGCCAGAUUCACCUGGUGAAGUUCCCGAAUACCCUUUCUUUGUAUCAGUCAGUGAUUGGCUGGACUCAAUAAAAAUGGGCCAAUACAAAAAUAACUUCAUGGCAGCAGGGUAUACAACUAUGGAUCUUGUUUCAAGAAUGAGCAUUGAUGAAAUUAGAAGAAUUGGUGUUGUACUUAUUGGACACCAGAGACGAAUAGUGAGCAGUUUACAGACUUUGCGAUUACACAUGAUGCACAUACAGGAGAAAGGAUUUCAUGUAUGAAAGUUCUAGAAGCAACUGUGUUUUGUGCCUCAGCAUUUCUAAAAUGGAAGAUACUCUCAAUCCUUCUUUCUGCUCUUCCCAGCUUCAAGAACUGAAACUUCCUAUUCAUACUAUAAACACAUAAUGUUUAUGUUAAUACUUCCAACUUGAAAUUUUUAAUCACAUUGCAUAGUUCCUCCCUCAAUAAACUGCCAAUAACAUCCUGGCCCACUGCAAGACUGUUGCUGCACAACGGUGAAUAGCUCAGCAUGGAUGUAUAACUUUGUAUAACAGUAAAGUAUUUGGAAAACUUUCAUCGACUUCUGUGAAAGUUAAAGCCUUCUAGGCUUGGAGUGGCUACCUUCUUGAUGUGUUAGAGUUUGAUGAUAGUUUUUUUUUUCCUAAAAAAAAGUAAUUGACAUUUCUUUUCAUGUUUUGUGACCAUUAGCUUCCAAUAUACAAUGUGCAAUCGAGAAAAAAGAGUUUGACAUAAAUAUUUAUUUUAUGAUAAUGGGAAAUCCCAGAUGUAUGGUUUGUGUUGUAUUAUUUACUUUGUAAUAGUUCAAUUGCUGGUAGGCUGGUAUGGAAGUUGUAAGAAUUCUUGGUCAGGAUGAACAAUGACAACUUACAGUGAAUACUUUGUGUGUGUGUGUGUGUGACCAGGUUGAAUUGGAUGAUUUGCGAGGAUGAUAGGCCAUCACAUGCUUGUGAAGUGAUGUGUUUAAUUAAUUAAAUUUAAUUUGCUUGAAAACUAGGUACCUUUACCCCAUGCUUUACCAACCUGAGGUCCUCCAGGUUUUUGUCUACAACUCUCAUCAGUCAGUCUGAUUUUUAUUGUUUGUAGACAAUGGCCACUACGAUAUAAAUCAUAACAGCUCCCAUUAGCCCCUGUGGCUGAUGUGACUUGUAGUCCAAAACUACUGGAGGGCACCAACUUAGCAGAGUCUGUUUUACCCUAGUCUAGAGUAACUAGUAAGAUUAAUUAUUUGCUACUUUUGCUGUUACUAGUUUUUAAAUUGUCUGUAUAUGCCUCGACUGAACUAUCCCAGAAAGGUUGUUUUAAGCAACAUGCAAUACAUGAUAGUUCUCAGCUAUCCUGCAUAGUGCAGUUAUGCAGGCUUUGUAAUUAUAAAUGUACACUUAUGCUGCAAAGCCCCAAGUAUUUGCUAUAUUUGCAUAGGAAAAUGCUUAACUAUAGCAGUUUUAUUGUGGCAUAUUUAUUCUUCGAUAGGCCAGGCAUUUUUUUUAUUAUUAAAAAAAAUGUAAAGGGCCAUUUUUCCCCAAAUAUAAUUACAUGAAAAAAUGUAAUUUUACUCCCAAUACUUUUUCUGUCUUGGGAUAUUUUCAGUUUUCCCUGCUUUGUCAAGUUUUCCAGUCUGUAUGAGUGGAAGAGCAUUCAAGUGAUGGCAUUAUUUUCAAAUAGUAUUAUGCUAUUACCCAUUAGUAUCAAGCCCAAGUACUAGGCUGUGCAAGAAUGUGACCCAAACUAGGCAGAAGAAAUCAUGGAAUGUCUAUUUGCAAGGUAAACCAGGUUGAUGAAUAUGAAUUCAAGUAACUAAUCAGGUGGUGCUCAUUAACUUAGCCAUCUUAACUGAUACCGUAGGUAAGUUAGUCCUUGCAGUUAUAAACUUUAAUAGCCAUACAAUAAACGUGAAAGAAAAUGCUCUAAAAUAUCUGUACCUCUACAAAACUUUCAUAGAUCUACUUGGCUACAUCAUACAAAUUCUGCAUGGGAUAUAUGCUGCUGUCUACCAGAAAUGAGCACAUCUGCAUGCUCUGAAAGCCAUGCACAAUUACACAUAUGCCACCUGUAGGGACAGCACAAUGCAUUUAUACAGUUAUGUGAAGCUACACUAUACCUGAGCAUUUCUGAUUUACACUUUAAUAAUGGAUAUGGGCAGCACCUAAACUAGGGAGAUUUAAGACAAAUUGAUUACUAGAGUUUCACAAUAAUUAAAAGCUUACAAUUUACAGUCUAAAGGAUAGAGAUGCUGAAAACGGCAUCUUGUGUAUGUCAAGCUAACGUCGAUAGGAAGAUGAGCCUCAAAGGCUGGUCCUUUUGUCUAGUUUCAGUAAACAGUUCUUUUUGGCUCGCCAUGCAAUUGUUAUUUUUAUUUUAAUCUUCGUAGAACUGGAUUUCAGUGUAGUUUGGCUGUAAGACAGACUACUUUUUAACUUUUUAAGAAGUCCUUCUCAAAAAAAAAAAGAAACACAGGUUUUUGAAAGGUGUGGAAUGAAGUCAAUGGAAUUUUUUUAUUUUAACUGUACCACUGCUUUGGUCAUGUACUUAAUGGAUGCUAAUAUUUUCAACCUAAUUAAGUUUGAAUUUAUUCCACCAUAUUCAAGUUGACUUCAUGCAUGCAGGCCCUCCCCUUCAAUGUGUCAGGUUUUGGUUGCAGGAUUGGAUGUAACUUGCUUCGCUUCAUGUAUUUCAAAAUGAUUUGAGGGGGGAUGCUUAUUUUAAUGUUUGUAAGGGGGGUUGCUCUUUAUCUUUUAAGGGAAAAGCAGCCAUACAAGUUGUAAUUUUUAAAAGUUCAGCCUCAUGUUUAGAAACAAGUCUUUCCUUUGCUGUUUAGCUUUUUCACUUGCCUGCCAAACCUUUGGCGCUCAACUUUAUGCUAGUUGAAUGGGUUUGCCAGCAAUCUUUUGAAAUCCUGGGACUGUGGACUAGUUUACACAAGCAAGAAGCCAUUUUAAAAGCAGAUAUAAAGGGUUUCUCACCGCAGUGAGCUACUUGUGUGCAGCUGCUCACCACACAGGCCCACCUUGUCACAGCAAUUCUCUUCAUGGUUUGUCAUAGCAUGGUCCACAAAGCAAGCAGCUACACAUGGAUAGAUGGAGCAGUCUCCACACUGCUGAUUUUAAAGUGGCCAUGAAAUGACUGCUUGGUGGGAAAGUCUGUUUGGAUGUUUGUGAGGUGCCAAAAGGCACAAAUCCCUUUGUUUAGUAACAUUGCUAUAAUUAUUUGGGUUUUGUUUGUUUGUUUUAAGUAGAUACCUGUGAAUACAACAAAUGCUCUUAAAAUGCACUCCUUUUUUUUUUUUUUUUACAAUUUAAUCUCAAAUAUCUAUGAACUGGUGCCCCUACCAAUUGCAUAGUCAUUUCUGUAUUCAGCUGGCGUUGCUUGACAUUUGAAGGGAACUUGCACAGGUGUGACUGCAACAAUAGCCUGCAUAUUUUUCCUAUGCAAGUUCUGUCUUUGAACAUCACAAGAAGCACUUCCAUCUGAAUGCAGAAGUGGAUUUGUGUUUAUCUGGGGACACAUCUUGAGGCACAGAGUGGAGGGGCCUUACUUUCAAGUAAAUGUGUCUAAAGACAUAUAUCUCUAUAUAGAGAGAUAUGUGAGGGAGUAGCAACUAUUUGUUUACCAAAUGAGUAUCUGCAGUCCCUCAACAUUUAUUAGAACUGUAUGGACAAGCCCUUUCUCAAAUGUAAUUCUCUGUACCCUUUCAUUCGUAUGGCUGAAAAGAUGCAUGUUGCAUAUUCAUCAAUCUAGUUACAAACUAUGGGCAAUUUAUUUCCAGGUUUAUCACUCUAUCAAGAUAUAUAUUUUCAAUAGAAAGGAUGGGGGGAAUCACAGUGUAAACAUUUAUUAAAUCUAUUUUUAUAACAAUAAGCAUUUAAAGAAAAUGAAAAGGAAUGAAGUUAGUAUUGUUUUAGUAACUUACCUUGGAUAAAAUUCUCCUUAAUUUUGUUGCAAUUGAUGAAUAGUUUUUAGUUUUUGUUUUGUCUUUUGCUUCUCCUCCUGCUCCCUUGGCUAACUGUGUAACCUUUUCCUUCUAAAUUUCUCAAUCCAGAAUGCAAGUUCAAAAUUUUAGAAGCUGUGUUUUGGGAGGUAAUGGGGCAUUUCAUAGGUUUGAUCUCUGAUGGGAAGCCAGUUCUGUAAGUAUAAGUAGGAUGCAAAUUAUUUUGAACAUUUUCACAAACAAAAAUAUAUGUGGACUUUAAACAUGUGUUAAAAACUGUUUCCCUGUUCCACCCCAACUAAAAUUUUCCACAUAUUUAGAAUUAAAUAGAUAUGCCAAUAUUUUCUGAUAAAUAUAGUAACAGGAGGAAAUAGUCAGUAUAACAGGAGGAAAACAUACUUUGUUAAAAAAUACACUGAAAAUAAGUAUAUGAUAGAGGUCAGUUUUUUAAAAAAAUAAAAUAAUUUGUGAGUAUAAGAUACUAUUAUCCUUUAUGAGGGCUGUAGCAUGAUGGCAUAAAGUAUAAUCAAUGAGUAGCAAGGCUCUUUGCUCUAACCAAAUCCCUCUGUUAGAGUGUGCACCAGUGUGUAAGAGAAGGCUUCUACGUUACAGUCAGUUUUUUAAAUAUUAAUGUUUAAUAUUAAUAAAUCAUUGUAUUGGGAAGACAGCAUAAAUAACAAUGUUGGUAAGAAAUUCUCACAUGUUUUGUUCUCCUUUAACUAGGGACUGCAUAUUUUCUUUCAGUUAAAAACCCUGUGUUACUAUUUUAGAGAUCUUGACCUAGACCAAAUAUAUCUCUGAAGUGCAUAUUAUUAUUAUUAUUAUUAUUAUUAUUAUCAUCAUUAUUAAUAUCAUUAUCUAAACUGAGGAUUUGCAUUUCACCAUUUGCUUCUUAGCACGUUACCAAUUUUUUUGUAAACAGGGGACAAUGUCCUUCCCAGUUGGGCUUAAUAGUGUCCCCUUCUCUCUGAGCACACACGUAGACAUCAUGGAAGGCCUAUGAAAAAUAGGGGAUGGGUAUAUUUUCUAUCCAGCCCUCCCUUCUGUUUAGUCAAACUUGGGUAACUUGAGCGCCAUAGGAAUCUUUCCAUGGCUGAGCACCGGACCUGCAUCGUAGCGUUGAAAUACAAAGGCCAAAAUUAUGUGCCUCAUCAGUCCAUUUAUUUCAUGUGGUUGAGGAAGCCUGGGUUAAACCUGUGUUCAGGGAAGGUCUGUAGCACAGAAACAUAGCUGAGGUAGCUUAAGCAUUGGUUUCAUUUUGUCGAAAUUCAGUCAGCAUCUGAUUUAUGUGAAGUGUGUCAAAAUUGGUCAGCUCUGACUCCCAUCAGAGAACUGCAUGGCCACCCCAUCCUGACUACAAAGAAAGAUGUGUUCAAAGUUAAUGCAAACUUCUGUUUUAUCUUGACAGGGCUGUCAUUUUAACCUAUUCCCAGGAUUAUUUCUCCCAUCUUCCAUAGCAUUGUUUUGUGCACAUGAAUUCAGAUCCAAAAAGGGUGCCCUGUGUGUGAAAACCUUGCUGGAUCAGGGUGAAUGGAUUUAGGCAUCCAUUGUUUAAUUUUCAAAGAAAGAAUAGCUGGUUUGUGUCUUUUAAGGCAAUGAUCCAAAAUGCUUAUUCUUCAGCAGCUCUUAAAUAUUCCAGUGUAUUUUAAUUAAACUUCAGAAUGAAGAGUUUGAAGAAUGAAGCUUACAUCUUAAAGAUCACAUGCUAUAUUUUGAUCACUACAGGCAUUCUGCCUUAUCUUAAAAUGCAACUUUAAAACUUUUUGCUUUUAAUGAGAACUAACCUCAUAUGCUGGACUGGCACAUAUUGGAGCUUCCCAUUUGCAGGUGCUGAAUGGCACUAACUAUAUUAAAAGAGUAUUAAAACUGAAUUCCUUUUACAGUAAUUUCACUUGAUCAGUUUAUACAGGUGCUACCCAAAUGUUAUUCAAUCAUCAAUAGGUAAGACUUACCCAUAUGCUGAACUACAUAAUGAGAGUAACAAAUAUUAAGAGCUGCUAAAUAUUUUCUAGUGUUCUCAGAUGUUGUCUGAUAGGAACCUUCCCUUUCCCCUUCACAAAAGACAUACAAUAUAUUCCAUAUGGAAAAUAUGGAAAAGUAAGUUAUAUUAAAUGUUGCUAUUGUAUUCCAAGAAACAAAUCAGUAAUGUUGUCAUGCCUUUAAAUAAAUGACAUUAAGCACUAGGGAAGUUUUAAAUCAUGUUUUAAUAUUAAAAACUAGAACAGUUCAUGCGAACAAUCUCCCCCCCCCCCCCGCAAUGUGCACCAUAUCUGAGCCUUCCCAGUUCAACUUGUGUUACUGAGACAAGCAUACCGCCCACUUUUUAUAAAUGUAUAGAGUUGUUUUUUAAAAAAGAUGAAUCUAACCUCAGGAUGUUGAAACUUUUAUAAUAAAAAUAUCAAUCCACAGUUA